AUGGCGGCUUCUUUCAGUUGCCCUCCUUCUUCUUCUACCACAUUUCAUCCUGGUGCUCUGUUUCCGAGUGUCGAUUCCGGGUCGAAUUCGGGUCAUUCCGGUGGAGAGGAUGAAAUUGAAAGGAAUAAGAAGAAGAAAAAGAGGAAGGGGAAGAAGAAGAAGCAGAAGCAAUUGGAAAAUGGAAUGGAGAGAGAAAAUAAGGGUUUGGGUUUGUUAGAUAAGGAUAAAUUAGUGUGUUUAUACCCAUUUACAUCAUCUUCUAGUGUUACUCAGAGGAAGAUCAAACAACAAUAUGAUCAGCUUGUUAAGUCUCAAGAAUCCAAAGGACUAACAAUAGCUCAGGUUUGCCAGUUUGUUAACUGCCUGGUUGAUGCAAAGAAUGAGCUACAGCACAAGUCUGAGGGCAUCAAACGUAAAUUUACAAUAACCAAGGCCUUGAUACUCAAGGCUGAUAGAUCCUCCUUUGACCGACUUCGACAGCAGUUAUACAAGCUAGAGGCAGAUCAGAAGAGAUUAGAGGAGGAUGCAUUUGUUUAUAACUGGCUUCAGCAUCAGCUUAAGCUUUCACCAGCGUACAAGAAGAUGCUUGAAAUUGGGGCUUCCAUGGAUUUGAAGGCCAAAUCUGGUGAACUAGUUGAAAAUCCAGAUACCGAGCAGAGUGAUAUCUCCUUUGAGGAGUUUCUAGAGCAAGAGAAAAAAGAUACAUUUUGGCAGAAAUAUCCAAAGCCCAAACCGUGUUCAGGUUGAUCGUAUCUGCUCGCAUAGUUGCAUUCCCUUCCCUUUUAUCUCCUCUAACAGCGGUGAUCAGAUUCACCCAAUAGCAAGGUUAUCAUAGGUCUAGUACUCAAAGCAUGCUUCCUGCAGGAGUAUUUAUAUAAAGACUGCUGGUGCUUCAUUCAGUUUUUUUCCCCCUGAAAGUACCAUGUUAUCCUUAUUCAUGAUCUAUCAGUGAAAAGCCUUUAUUUUUGGCACAUAACUAGCAAGUUGUCUUGGAGAAAAUUUCAAGAGUCGAGGCUUCUGGUAUAUUGUCUUUCAAACAAUAUGGUAUACAAAACUCAUGAUAGUGAUGACAUUUCAAUACAGGUCUUAUACAUUUCUUUU